CGUUGCCGCAUUUUUCUUUUCACUUUCAGAUUCAGUUUAGGCAGCUGACAUCGACAUCUGCUUCUCCAGGCAACAUUCCAUCUCUUCUUUUUAUAUUCUCUUCUUCCUCAUUCCCUGUUUCUUACGCGUGAUCCAUCCAGAGGCAUAACCUCUUCCCGUCCAAAUUUCAGUUUCUCCUAAAACAUCCCAAUGAAUUUCUUCAACUCUGUCUUCUCCGACGACGCUCCGCAGUCCUCCGAUUCCCCCGCUUCCCCUGAUUCCCAACCUCAGAGCCUCGCUACGGUCUCAAGUUCCUCCUCCGCUCCUUCUCCAUGGAGCUUCGGUGGCUUAAUCAAAACCCUAGCGGCUAAAUCCGAGUCGGUGAUUGAAUCCUACCGUCGCGACUUCGAAGAAUUCGGGUCUGAGCUGAAGAAGGAGACUGCUAUUAUUGGGGAAGUGGCUUCCCGCGCUGUUAAGGACCUUCCUGAUUCACUUGAGGUCGGGGCUACUGUUGCUCAAGAAUCUUUAGAGUCGGUGGGCCAGGUUAUCGACGAUAUCGGUGCCUCCGUAUGGAAAUCCACGGCUCGGAUCAUCUCUAACGGUAGGGACACCCUCUUAUCAUCAUCGUCGGAUAAUUAUGAUUCCGAUUCCAAUUCCUCUAGUAGAAGAUUUGGUUAUGGUAUCAAUAAUAGUGUUAAUCAUGGUUUAGAUGGGAAACCAUAUAGUCGUUUUCAGAUGCAAAUCCGUGCGUAUCAGUGCGAUAUAAGCACGUACUGUUCGGAACCGGAGGAUUUGGAGGAUUAUACGAAGUGGAGGUUAGGUUUUGUAGUGGAGGAGAAGAGCGGGGAGAUCGAGGAGGUGAUUAAGGAAAAUUUGGUGGUGAAGGAGAUAUACAAUCAUGUUGUACCAAGUCAAGUUGAUAAUGAGACUUUCUGGAGCAGGUAUUUCUACAAGAUGCAUAAGCUGAAGCAAGCAGAGGAUGCAAGAGCUAAGCUUGUGAAUAGAGUGAUCUCCGGGGAGGACGAGGAGGAUUUGAGCUGGGAUUUUGAGGAUGAUUGUGAAGAGGAUGAUGGAUCUUUCUCGAAACCCAAUUCAAGUAGGAAUGCAAACGAGAAUUUGAAGGAUGCCAUGAAUGCAAGCAACGAGAACUUGGAAGAAAGAGAGAGUGAGAAAGUGGGUUUGGUGGAGAAGGUCGAUAAUGGUGAGUCUUCAUGUAAGGACAGUGAUCUGUCUGUAGUAUCAAGCCAGCCUUCAUUUCCUGAUGAAGAAGAACUUGGGUGGGAUAAGAUUGAAGAUACUGCAAGCAAUGAUGGGGAUAAAAAGGUAGAAUCUGUUGAGAAUGAGAAUGGAAAUAGAGUUGAUUUGCGCAAGCGAUUGAGUCUGGCAGAGAAAGAAGAGGAUUUGAGCUGGGACAUUGAAGACGAAGAUGAAGAUGAGCCAAUAAAAUCAUGAUCUUGUUGUUGUCAGUCCAUGGAUGAGAUAAGAAUUCUCAACUUAUAAACUUGAGCUUAAAGCUUGCUUGUUGGUAGAUCCUAUUUAUUGUGUAAAUAUCACGUUAGUUUCAGGUUUUAUAAUUUUAAUGCAUAGAGAUACCUUACAGAAA